CAGUCCUCGAGGGUCGGAGGUCGCCGUGUGGGGCCAACGCCUAGAGAAACCGCGAAACCUGACAGUGUACGGUGCUGACAGAAGCAAAAGGAUGGACACCAUAACCUUCAACCCACCUUUGUACAAACAGAGAUACCAGCUGGUCUUUGAAUUAGUACAGAAAUACAAGGCAAGAAAAGUUGCAGAUUUGGGCUGUGCUGAAUGUACGCUGCUGUCACGCUUAAAAUUCUGCAACUGCAUUGAAGACCUUAUUGGAGUCGAUACUGACUUAGAACUGCUGAAGGAAAAAAUGUAUCGCCUGUCUCCCCUUCCAUGUGAGUAUCUACAGCCCCGGGCUUCCAUGUUAACAGUAAGGUUGUACCAUGGAUCAGCAACUGUAAAGGACUGUCGUAUGUUGGACUGUGACUUUGUUUCAUGCGUUGAGUUAAUAGAACACCUAGACAUCUCAGAACUCGAGAGGUUUCCGGAGGUGGUGUUUGGAUACAUGAAUCCAGCAGUAGUUGUAAUUACAACUCCAAAUGCAGACUUCAACCCCUUACUCCCAGGAAUAAUGCGAUUCAGGCACUGGGACCAUAAAUUUGAGUGGAGCAGAGCAGAAUUUCAAGCUUGGUCUUUGAACAUUGGAAAUAAAUUUGGUUAUAAAGUGGAAUUUACUGGUGUAGGAAAAGGACCUGUAGGGACAGAACAAUUGGGAUUCUGCACACAAGUAUCUAUAUUUCUGAGGCAGCUAUCAAAAGCACCUCAAACUGAGACUAAAAAUUCCGAAAUGCUAUAUAAACUGGUGAGUGAUGAGAAAUCAGUGUCUAAAUUUUCUAUUUAA